AUGAAGAGCAAACCUGUUAAUCAAGCUUUCAAGCAUGUCAUUAAACUAUCUGGCAAAAUCGACAGACAUUCAAAAAUCUUAAAAACUGUACUUGCCAUUCAUAAGCCGUUUAACGACGACAACAAAAAAAUUCAACUUAGUCGACAAAUUUUAUCACUCGACAAAACUACUCGUCUGGCAAAAUUGAAACCACGUUUAAAACUUUUUUCUUUAUCAUUUUUCUUAAUUUGCUAA